AGGUGCCUGUGCUUAUCGCAGUUAUCGAUGGCGUGCUCGGUUCCUCCAGGCCGAACUCGGCCCAUAAUGAAGCAACUCAUGGAGCCAUAACAUUAGCUGUUCGAUCAUUGCUUGUCUUCUCCAAUCUCUGUUGUCCCUGUCCCUGUACCGUAUAUAUUUUCAUUUCGUCCCUUUUCUUCUUACACUCCGCUCUUUGGCUAAUCCCUCCAAAAAAGAAACGCACCCUCGCUCCACUCCUUCCUUUUACAAAGCCAAGCACAAUGUCGGGGCAGAGAUUUGAAACUCUUCAAUUGCAUGCGGGCCAGGAACCUGACCCCGCCACCAGGUCCAGAGCGGUGCCCAUCUAUGCCACCACAUCAUACGUCUUCAAUGACUCCGCCCACGGCGCCCGGCUCUUCGGGCUCAAGGAAUUUGGCAACAUCUACAGCCGUAUCAUGAACCCUACUGUCGAUGUUUUCGAGAAGCGUAUUGCGGCCCUUGAAGGUGGUGUUGCUGCUGUCGCCGCCUCCUCCGGCCAGUCCGCCCAAUUUAUGGCCAUUGCUGCUCUUGCUCACGCUGGAGACAACAUUGUCUCGACGUCGAACCUCUAUGGCGGUACCUACAACCAGCUCAAGGUCUUCUGCCCUCGCCUUGGCAUCCAGACAAAGUUCAUCAAUGGCGACAAGCCCGAGGAUUUCAAGGCGGCGAUUGAUGAGAAGACGAAGGCUGUCUACAUUGAGAGUAUUGGCAACCCCAGAUACAAUGUGCCUGAUUUUGAGGCAAUCGCCAAGGUUGCCCACGAGGCCGGUGUUCCCGUCCUGGUUGACAACACCUUCGGAGCUGGCGGCUACUUCUGCCGCCCCAUUGACCACGGCGCUGACAUCGUCGUUCACUCCGCCACCAAGUGGAUUGGAGGACACGGCACCACCAUUGGUGGUAUCGUCGUUGACUCUGGAAAAUUCGACUGGGGCAAGAACGCCAAGCGUUUCCCUCAAUUCGUUGAGCCCGCCGAGGGCUACCAUGGCCUAAAGUUCUGGGAGACUUUUGGUCCCCUGGCCUUUGCCAUUCGUGUCCGAGUUGAGAUCCUCCGAGACCUUGGAACAGCUCUCAACCCCUUCGCUGCCCAGCAGCUGCUUCUCGGUAUUGAGACUUUGAGCUUGCGCGCCGAGAGACACGCUCAGAAUGCACUCCAGCUUGCUAGAUGGCUUGAGAAGAACCCUCACGUCGCGUGGGUUUCAUACCCUGGUCUUGAGAGCCACGCCUCGCACGAGCUGGCUAAGAAGUACCUCCCGCGUGGAUUUGGUGGUGUCCUUUCUUUUGGUGUCAAGGGCGGCGGCGCUGCUGGCAGCCAGGUCGUCGACAACCUCAAGUUGGUCUCCAACUUGGCCAAUGUUGGCGACUCGAAGACUCUUGCUAUUCACCCUUGGUCUACCACACAUGAGCAGUUGAGCGACCAGGAGAAGCUCGACUCUGGCGUCACCGAAGAUCUUAUCCGUAUCUCCGUUGGCACAGAGCACAUUGACGAUAUCAUUGGUGACUUUGAGCAGGCUUUUGACGUCAGCAAGGCCGCCAAGACUGAUGCUCCGGCCGAGGCCGGAAACGCUGAGAAGACUGGCAGCACGGAAGGUGACGCCAAGCUUGUUGUCUAGACUUUAUGAUUUUACGAUAUCCUUGAAAAGUUAUUUACGAAAUGUACAGAUUGAUUUUAUGCAGAGCAGUGAUUCAUGUCAGAAUCCUUUUAUUUUGAAUGGGAGUCGCGAAAACGGUAGUCCUGUAUACCUCUUGCGCUUUUGAAUACUGAAGACUGCAC